AUGAAUCGCAACUGGCCGAACCCGGAGUUCCAGCUUAACGUUGUUAAAGAACACAGUGAUUUUCGGGACCUUGACCGCUUGCUCGACUCCAGCGGCAAUGAUUUUCUCUAUGCGCGCAAGCCCCUUGCAAAGCACGCAUUCGAAAGGCCGAGUCACGACCCCUGCAUGCCGGCAUGCCGGCAUUUACUCCCUGCUGCCGGCGCGAUUCCUGGUUUGUGCGCAGAACUCGAUGUCUGGUUGAACGUCUUUGAUGGCCGUUCUGGGGCAAUUGCCGAGAUCGCCGUCUUUGCAUCGACAGAGGAUACAAUUGGUCAGACUGCCGUCCACAUCUAG